GCGAACUGCGUUUAACUUCGGUUCCGGCCUUAUAAAAGGAGGCGGCUACGCGAGUCGACCACGCAGUGUUCAACAAGUAGUAGGAGCAACAGUUGACAGCAAGCCAUACUCUGGUUCUGUAAUCGGUUUCCAGUAACAUAUUUUAAAAGACAGACCAGCAUCCACAUCGACAACGAGCCGCGCAUUAAUCCCGAGCACAUCCGGAGAGGUUGUAUAAACAGUGACACCGCCAUGAAGCCCGACAUCCUAGCGUUCUGCAUCCUGGCAACCACGAUCCUGGCCAGCGGGACACGUCACGUCUCCGGCUUCUUGGCCGCCUCCCAGAGCACGCCGAAUGGAGGAGGAGCCAAAGUGGGUGACAACCAGGGCGCUGCAUCCGGACCACAUCGCCUGCAACUGCCCAUUUUCGGAGUCGCACUCGCAGGGGGUGGACCCGUUCGCCAGGAGCCCCCUUCCCUCGAUGUCCAGGAGGCCCAGGAACGAGCUGUUUACGAUCCCGGCGAUGAAUUACUCCGCGCCCAGGAGCUCGGAUUGGCGCUGGUUCCGCCGGGCCCCGACUACGCCGAUGCGGUGUACAACGAACUGGAGCUGGCCAGCAAGUUCGAGGUGCUCAAGAAGAUGGAGGAGGAUUUGCGGGCCGAGCAGGAACUGGUGGACAAAUCCGCUUUGCUCAUGAAAAUGCUGGAGGAUCCCUCUUUGGAAACUUUGCCGCUGGUCUAUGUGGAGGAGGAAGAGCCGGAGGCCGUGAUUCCUUCCGCUGGAGCCGAGGACUACGCCGACCUGGAGAACGCCGUUCAGGAUUUGGUUUUGGGCCAGAGCAAGCCCAAGCGUUCGCGGUAUUAUCGCAGGUAUCCGUGGAAGCGCCACAACAAGAAUCGCGGUUCUUACAUGAAUUCUAUCAACAGCAACUAUGAACCGGAACUGCGGUACGCCUGCACGCCAAGUAAGGAGGAUAUAUUUAAGCUGCUGGUCAAUCUGCACGAGAAUCGCAAGGGCAACCACAGCAAGACGGUGAACUUCUGCAAUCGCAAGCGCCCCGCCAAGGCGGUCUUCACCAACAUACGGUUCCUGGGUUAAGGAGGAAGGACAUAGCUUGUAGGCGGUACAGAACAAAAAUCAGAAGCCAGACACCGACAGGACACUGACAGACACAUAUGUAUACCAAGCAUCAAUUGUACAUUGCUGACAAAGUCGAGCGCCAACCUGGAGAACAACAAGCACUAACAAUUAGCCUAACUAACUAACUAACUAACUAACUAACUACUUACUACCCAAGCUAAGCGAACUAAAAAUAAUUCGUUAUCUGGUAGGGAUAAUAAGCCCCUGCCCCACCCCUAAUUCUAAUUGUAGACAAUUAAAACUUUUAUAACUCUCAA